AUGCCCAAAGGCAAGAAACCUUACAAAAGUUGGCUCAAGGACGGCAUCCAUGGAGGCCCGUCGUCUAUGGAAGUACUGGUGAACUGGCUCGCCACCAAAGGCAACUAUGCACGAUGGCGAGGCGACCGACGUGAAAGGAUCCCAAAAAAAGUCCUUAUCGAAGAAAUCAUUGAUCGUAUGCGUCAAGUGGGUAUCUAUCAUCGAUUACCUAAAGACGUGGCCAGCAAGAUUUCCACGUUGCAAAGUAGUUACCGCUCGGCCCAAACAUGGCUUGAGACACAAGGGGAAAAAAUGCAACAAAAUGGACAACACCAACAAAAGAUUCGUGAAGAAAUCCUGAAACGGUUUCCUUAUUGGGACCAGCUCCAUCCAGUGUUUGGGCGUUCUCGACCUGAGUCUGCAUGGGCCAUGUCUAUUCGUAGCCUUGUACAUGCGGUGGAAGACUGUGUAUUGCAACAGCAACAGCAGCAACAACAACACAAGCGAACAAUGGAUGAGAUGGAAAGCGACGUCAGCGACAUCAGCGACGAGUCCGAACCAACGAAACGGGACAAAUUGUCAUCGUUCGAUUUCGAUCGUCCUUCCACCGAGUUGCCACACCCAUGGAUAGUUCCGCUCAACAAAUUGGAUCAGCGCGAGUCUUUGUUGGCCACCUCUUUGGUCACUGUUUCCCGCGAAAAGGAGGCAGGUCGUAUGAAACGUUCUCGGGACAUGCUUGAGUUUCUGCGCGAAAAAAGAGAACGCCGCGAUCGCUUGUUGGCCAAACUGGAACAGGUCCGUCGCAUCGAAGCCAAGGCCCAACUUGUCAAAAGUAUGAAAGACGCCGGUUUCACCAAAGCGGAAAUGAUCGAUCAAUUGAAUCGAUGGUGA